CAUCAAUCACUGUUUCUACACCCAAAUUACACACACAAUAAUGUUUACCUAACACUCUCCAAAUACUAAACAUGCCACAAAUUCAAUGCAAGUGAAUAGGCCCUAUAUAUCAUUGAGCUACACAAUCAAUUUAAUACAGUAUGAUUUGGACAUGAAACGCGAAAAAUCGAAUAUUGGCUUGCAUUGAUGCGAGUGUCCUUUAAGUCCUAUUUUGUUUUAACGUCCUUUACGCGCCGAGUCUCAGUAUGUUAGGUCAGCCAAUCAGCUGUUUCUAUCCACCCCACUGCGGUCCCGACUCCGGAGGACUUGACCGAUAUUUACUGUAAGCUCCCAGUCUGUUACAGCUGCAGACUGCAGUCAGAGCUAUUCACACAGCCGAGAGGACACUUUGGUCUUUAAUAAUACCAACAGUAGCCUACGGAGUUGAACUUGGCGAGAUGUCUCUACAGGCAGAGUUUGAGCGAGUAGCAGAUGAUGUGAAGAAGGUGAAGUCCAGACCUUCAGACCAGGAGCUGCUGGACGUGUAUGGUCUGUAUAAGCAGGCCAUAUUUGGAGACAUCAACAUUGACAAACCAGGCAUGUUAGACAUGAAAGGAAAAGCCAAGUGGGAGGCCUGGGAUUCUAGGAAAGUGCGGCCGUUUGCUACAGAGGAGGAGUACCAGGUGACUGCGGCCAUAUUGAAGAGGUUUGGAGAGGGCAUCGGCAAAGACCUGCACCAAAAACUACUGCAGAGAGCCAGGACACACAGGAACUGGUUGGAGGAGUGGUGGCUGGAUGCAGCCUAUCUGGAAUUGCGUUACCCCUCCCAGUUGAAUGUGAACUUCGGAGGUCCUGCACCCUACCUAGAGCACUGCUGGCCCCCUACAGAGGGAGUACAGCUACAGAGGACCAGCGUAAGCAUGUGGCACACUCUACAGUACUGGGACCUGCUCCGCACGGAGAGGCUGGACCCUCAUAAGAAUGGUAUUGUGGCGUUGGAUAUGGACCAGUUCAGAAUGCUGUUCUGUACAUGCAAAGUUCCUGGAGUCACCAAGGAUACCAUCAUCAACUACUUUAAGACAGAGAGCGAGGGUCCAUGCCCCUCCCAUGUGGUGGUGAUGUGUAAGGGCCGUUUCUUCUCAUUUGAUGCAGUGUGUGACGGUCAUAUUCUUACCCCUCCAGAGCUGCUCAGGCAGCUGACCAAUGUGAAGCAGUGUUGUGAGGGGGAGCCAGUGGGAGAUGGAGUCGCCGCUCUCACCUCAGAGGAGAGGACACGCUGGGCUAAGGCCAGGGAGUAUCUGAUAGGUAUAGAUCCAGCCAAUAAGACCCUCUUAGAGACCAUCCAGAGCAGUCUGUUUGUGGUCUCACUGGACGAUGCUAAACCCUACGCUACUGCAGAGAACUACACACCGGUGUCCCUGGAGGUGCUGAUAGGAGACCCCACCAUCCGCUGGGGAGACAAAUCCUACAACUCCAUCUCCUUCGCCGACGGAACCUUCGGAUCCAACUGUGACCAUGCCCCAUUUGAAGGCAUGGUUCUGGUAACUCAGUGUUACUAUGUGGAUCAGCAGCUCAAAGCUACAGAAGGCAAGUGGAAGGGCUCUGAGACAGUGCGGCCUAUGCCUCUUCCUGAAGAGUUGGUCUUCACUGUUGAUGACAGAGUCAGGAGUGACAUUGCACAUGCCAAGCAACAGUACUUUGAGACUACCCAGGACUUGCAGGUGGUGUGUUAUGCCUUCACCUCGUUUGGGAAAGCAGCUAUCAAACAGAGGAAGCUCCACCCAGACACCUUCAUACAACUGGCCCUUCAACUGGCUUAUUACAGACAGCAUGGGAGGUCAGGUAGUUGCUAUGAGACAGCGAUGACCAGAAGGUUCUACCACGGCAGGACUGAGACCAUGAGGCCCUGUACCCUGGAAGCACAGAACUGGUGCCGCAUCAUGCUCAACCCUGCAGCCAGCGCUGAGGCUAAGAGGAAAGCCCUGCUGCUGGCCUUCAACAAGCACAACAAACUGAUGGCCGAGGCACAGAACGGAAAAGGUUUUGACAGACAUCUCCUGGGCCUGUACCUGAUCGCCAAGGAGGAGGGACUUCCUAUGCCAGACCUUUUCAUUGAUCCACUGUAUUCCAAGAGUGGCGGGGGCGGUAACUUUACCCUGUCCACCAGUCUGGCUGGCUACACCACAGUUCAUGGGGUGGGCGCUCCCAUGGUGCACAAUGGCUAUGGGUUCUUCUACUGCAUCAGAGAUGACAGGAUCGUGGCUUCCUGUUCGGCGUGGAAGUCCAGUCCAGAGACGGAUGCAGAGACACUGUUCCAGAACCUGGUUACCUCCCUACAUGAGAUGCUACAUCUGGCUACCACAGCUCAGCUGUAACACACACAGUCUCUAGAUGGUAGCCAAUAAUAGUUUAGUUUUGCACAGAUCAAUGCAAAGGCAUUGUAACAAUGCUGCAAGUAGCCUAGAGGUUAGAGCGUUUGGCCAGUAACUGAAAGGUCGCUAGUUCAAAUCCCUGAGCCAACAAGGUGAUAAA